GUUCUCCAUCGAUAGUUUUUCUUUCUUAUAUUUUCCUUCAGUUUAGUUUUCCUUCAUUAAGAAAAUCGGACAACGAACAUGAGCCGCCAUCUACCACGAGAUAUUUAACAUCCGAUUUUACUGUAAUAUAUUUUGCUUUUUUUUUUCACUGUGCAGUUUUCUGCAUAUUCAAUAGAUAUUACGUAGUAAGUAUGACAAUGUAUAAAUCAAGUAAACUAAUACUGAUAAUCUCACAAGUAUUUUGAAAUUAUAAUAGUAAUUGUUGUGAUCUCAUUCCGUACAAGUAGUCGGGUAAUAGCUAACGAGGAAAGAAAAUGUCGACUUUAGAAAAAUUGUACUCACCAAGCGAAUGGAGCAACAGAUUUAAAUCAGCAGAGAUGAUGUCUCGAUAUUUGAUUUUUGCAGCAGAUGCAACGAAAAAGGCACGAAACACUACGAAAUGCAUUUUAGAUAUUCCAUAUGGUCCAACAGAACGCACGAAAUACGAUAUUUAUGGAACCGAUUUGCCUGAUGACGCGCCAAUGUUAAUAUUUAUUCACGGUGGUUAUUGGCAAGAAUUUAGCAAAGAUUUCGCAGGGUUUUCAGUACCAGUUCUCGUCGAAAAUAAAAUCAAAGUAGCAAUCGUCGGUUUCGAUUUGUGUCCCGACGUUAAAUUGAAAGACAUCGUUUCUCAAAUCAAAAUUGCGAUAGAAAAGAUCGUAAGUUCUGCCCUAAAAUCCGGAUGUCGGUGUGUUUGGAUUGCUGGUCAUAGUUCCGGUGCACAUUUGACAGCCGCUUUAUUACACGAUACAAAAUGGAUUAAAUAUAUGACAGAGUUAGGAUACUUUCAAUUGAUAAAAGGUUUGUUGCUUAUUAGCGGAAUUUAUAAUAUAGAACCUGUUGUCAACACCUCAUAUAACGAAGCCUUAAAACUUACUGAAGAUGAUAUUGAAGAAUUCAAUUUGUCUACUCUUGAUACCAAAGGAUAUACUCCUAUUAAAAAUUUUAAAGUAAUUGCGACUGUAGGAGAAUAUGACUCUCCAAUAUUUAUUAAUGAAACACGCGAAUAUGCUCAAAAAGCCAUGUCUUUCGUGGAUAACGUAGAAUAUAUUUUAUUACGCGACAUUGAUCAUUUUAACAUAGUAGAAAAUUUAUUAAAUGCUGAAUUUGUUUUAACACAGUUAAUCUUGCAACAUAUGAAUGCAUAAAAAUGGUAUUACCUAAAAUAAAUAAUUUAAAAAAAAAAAAGAAUACAUACACACAUUCAUACGUACGCGCGCAUACAUACUUUUAAUACAAGUUUUAUAUAAAUAUUUAGCAAUUAAAUAGAUUUAAUUACUUUUAAAUUUAUUAUUCAAUUCAUGAUUGUAUUGUUUCUACAUAUAAAUACAGUUAUUUUAAUAUUUAAAUACACAUAUAAAAUACUCAACACUAAAGCAUAUGUACUAAUUAUAAGUAUUGUUAGAUCAUACAUAUUAUCAAA